GUACAACUAAAAAAAAAUACAAUCAUAAAUAAAAUGUUGUAAAUAUCGUUCUCUUAAUUUAUAAAACGUAUAGAAAAUAUGGCUUAAAUAAAUACUUACUAAAGCAAGUUAAUAUGAUAAUAUACUGAUAAGAUAUUGUUUAGUUGUCAUGUAUCAGCUGUAGAAUGACAGGUAGAAUUAAAAAUGGCUGAGAAUGGAUUUGAGUCUAAUGUCGGAUCUCAAGAGAAUCUCGCCACUGAGGCAAUCAGCCUUGACAUUGAAGAGCUGGAUGAUGCUGAGUAUGCAAUACCAGCAGUGGACAAACUUCCCACCUUAGAAAGCAUUCUAACAGAACCAGAUUGUGGAUCUCUUUCAGGAACAGAGUUAGAUAUUUAUCAAGCAUCAACAGACGCCGUUGAUGGUAGUGAAACCACUAGUGUUGGUAGUUUGUUAUCGUUAAAUUCUUUAAAUAAGCCAUUAACUCGAAAUCCUGAACUUUCAUUAUCUGGAGUAAUACUAAAACAUGCAAUAAUGCGAGGAAUCACAUCGCAAAUUAAAUCAGCAAGUGAGAAGGUAAAUGCCGGUCUUGCUAGUGCUAUUGCGGCAGGAGGAGAUAUGUUAGUAAUAGGAACUAGUCAUGGAUUAUUAUUGACAUUUGAUUCGAAACAAACUUUGAGAUGGUGUAAUCAAGAAGCUAGACAUCAAGGAUCAGUGUCAGCAUUAGGAUUUAAUUAUGAUGGAACAAGAUUAUUAGCAGGAUUUGCAAGAGGACAUAUUUUAAUGAUUGAUAGUUCAAAUGGAAAAGUUUUAAGAACAUUAACUGAGGUUCAUCCACCAGGAACAGCUGUUUUACAUGUUAAAUUUACAGAUUUACCAACUUUGGCAUUAUGUAGUGAUAGUGGAGGCUCAGUAUUUGAACUUAAUUUCACUAGAGUAAUGGGAGUAAGAGGCUGUGACAGCAAAUGUCUUUUUAGUGGUUCAAGGGGUGAAGUUUGUACAAUGGAGCCAUUACUUUUAAAUAAUUUACCUCGGCAUCCUUUAAAAAAUUACGUUUUGAUAGCUCUUGCAACAUUAUCUAAAGUUUUAGUUGUCUGUAUUAGACCUAGAAUGCGUGUCGUGCUCACCCAUCCUUUAACAGGACCAACCACAGCACCUCCACAAGUUUCUUGGCAGUUAGUAGUAAUUCAGGCCCCUGAUGCAUCAAGAGUCAUUGAUCCAGUUUUAGCUCUAGCAAGAGAUACAACAGUGCAUUUCUAUCAAGUAUGUUCAGAAGCAGGAUCACGAGUUAGAUUAUCUCCAUUAAGGAGAAUGACAUUAUCUUACACUAUCAGCAAUCUCAAAUGGUUUAAUACUAGAUCUUUGGCAGUGUUAGAUACUCAUGAAAGACUGCAUUUGAUUGAUGUAAGAACUCAAGAAGACUUAGAGACAAUUGAUAUGAGUCCAGUAGGAAUUUCAUAUGCAUCCAGUCACUUUAAAGGGCUUUCUACUGGAGGAAAUGUCUCCAAAGCAAUGGCUUUAGCUGGAGAACGUGCUUGUUAUAAUACAGUAAUCACUUAUGGUCAUCAACUUCUUCUUUUGGGUACACGAAGGCUCCAUGUUGUAUUUAUUAGAACUUGGUCUGAGCGUUUAAGAUAUCUAACUUUACAAAAACGCUUUCCAGAAGCUCUUGCACUAGGACUUUCAUUUUAUCAAGAUAAAGGAAAAGCUGUAGUUGGCUUAAGUGGGUUAAAAAAAGUGCGUAAAAGAAUGACAUUUAUUAAAACUAGUGAAGUUCUUAUGCAGUACAUGCAGGAGUUAGUACGAACUUCGGAUAGUUUUACUGAAAGUGAAAUUAUUUCAACGUGUGUUGAUUAUGCAGUACAAUUAGAAAAUACUCAUUUAUUAUUUGGGCCACUUUGGGACCUCGUUUCAGAGACUCCAGUAUUAAAAGCAUGUUAUUUACGUGCACUUGAAGGACCUCUACUUGAUGGAAGUCUUCCACCUCGGUUACCACCGCUGAUAGCUCAACAAUUAGUUACUUUAUAUGAUAAGGAAGAAAGAAUGGAAGCUUUACAGACUAUAGUAGUACUCCUUGAUGUCGACUGUUUAGACAUGCACCAAGUAACAACAGUCUGUCGAUCGAAAUGUCUAUGGGAAGCUUUAAUUCAUCUUCAAACUUCUGCUCUUAGUGAUUAUACUGCUCCUAUUCAUCAACUAAUACCAGUUUUACAGAUUGCUUUAAUAAAUAAUAAAGAUACUCUUCCUAGAGACUGUAUAAGACUUGGAAAUGCUCUUCUAGUUUAUACCAGUUGUUGCUUAGCUGGCAGAGGUUUUCCGAGAGGAGAAUUACCUGAAGGACAGCCACAACGAGCUAAAGCUGAAGUUCUUCGUGCACUUCUUUCUCAACAUUCCAGUCUUGCAGCGGAUAAUGAGAGACAGUAUCCAUACCUUAGAACUCUUUUACGUUUUGAUGCUCGUGGCUUUCUAGAUGUGAUAGCUAUGGCAUUUGAAGAACCUGAAUUUAAAACUGAAAUGGGUUUUCGUCAGCGACAGAGAAUUGUUGACAUUUUACUUACUAUUGUUAUGACUUCAACUCCAGUAAGUCCUGAAAGUCCUGAUUACCUGGAAAUUAAUCAGAAAGCUGCAGUAUUAGUAUUUACUGCCAAUGAAGUUGCCGGGGGAACUGUUAGUCUUGAAACAAGUGCUUUAAAUAAACUUGUGGAAAUACUCUGCUUUGAAAGUAUAGCGACUAUUACACGAGAUCAAAGAUUGGAACGAGAAAAUGCGAUUCUUCAAUUACUCAAUGCAAAAAAAUUAAGUGGAAUCACGGAUAAUACACUUUUAAAUCUUACUCAACGAGUAAAUUUUCUAAAAAUUGCUGAAGUUAUUUAUACUGCUCGUGAUGAUUGGAUUUCCGUUUGUAGAUGUAUUGUUUCUGAUGUCUAUAGACAGCAUGAAGUUUGGCCUUGGUUAGAUCAGCUUUCAUCUGUUGCAUUUAGUUCAGUUAUAUGUGCACAUGCGGCUACCUUGAUAGCAAUUGAUGCUGAUAGAAUAGCUACUUUUAUAGCACGGAGAUGUCCGGGAAAACUCAAUGCUAUCCUUCAAAGACUGAAUGAUAAUCCGAGCCUCGAAUAUGCACUGUUAUCAGCACUUUACUACAUUAACCAGUUUAAGGAAGAUGAAGAUAUAAAAUUGGAGCUGACUGUACAACAUUUGGAGAGAUUUUUAGUUCUGAUGUGUCGGUAUGAACCUGAGAGAGUUGUAAAUCAUAUGAAUGGUUCUCAUGGAUGUCGGCUCGAUGAAGCUUUAAAUAUUGUUAGAGAAGCGAAGCAUGAAGAAGCUGAAGCGUUGAUGCUGGAAAAAAUGGGCAAUUAUCAGGAAGCUUUUGAUUUAUUAUUAAAUAAUUUAAAGAAACAAUUAGCAAUUUAUUAUGAACAAGAUAUUCCUGAUGAUGAAAUAGUUUAUGCUACCAUACAAAUUUCAAGAUUGUGCCGAAGGUCUGCAGGAAAUUUAGAUUGGAUGCCUCUUGUAGUAACCGCCCUUCAACCGCAUGCAAAUGAUAGUAGCCAAAAAGUUGAAAGACUUCGUGGAAAAUUACUCAAAGUCGUUCUUGAAGCCCUCAGUGGUACCACUGCUUUGUCUGUGGUUUUGGAAAGAAUUUUGAAACAUCCGUUGGCUACCUCCGGUACUAUCGGCGAUAUAAGACAACUUUUGACUGGUGUUUUGACUCAUUCUAGAUAUGAACAAGUUUUAGUGGAAACUACUGCCAGAUUAGUAAGUUUGGAGCUUCAUCAGACACUUAAAAAAAAUCUCAGGGAUGCAGGAAGAGCAUGUGCCAGUAAUUCUAGUAUUUGUCCAGUUUGUCGGCGAAUUUUAAUUCAAUGCACUGAUUACACCGUUUUCUUCGAUUGUGGUCAUGGAUUUCAUUCUCAAUGCCUGGGAGAAACUAAACGUUGUUAUAAAUGUCUGAAUGAAAAAGGAUGGGCCCCGGUUGCAACAAAUUAUGAGUUACCGCAACCAAGACCACCAGAAAAACCACAAAUCAUUCCUCCAGAAUUUAUGCGUCGUCGUGAUCUUACACUAAAACUAGGUGCUCCAACAGUGCUCCCGAAUCUCGAGGGUAUUUUUUAAAAUCUAGUCCUCGUUAAAAAAUGACA